UGCUGUGUUCUUUGGCGCGUGGCACGUGAUGCUCAUCAAUCGGCAGGUUGCAAACAGGCGCGAUCAAACCAGAGAUAGCUUCCGGAACUUUUGGUGCGGUUCUAAAGUUCUCAGCUUUGGUGCAGUAAUUCUGAAAGUUUUGAUGCAGUAUGUCAGGAGUUUGGUGGAGUUUUCUGAUUCUCAUUCGGUGCAACAACUUAAAUCAUUUCGUUUGGAACAAAACGUUACGGAAAAGUCAAUUUGAUCUCGAGAACGCUUGAAGUUUGCCGAGCUGUUAACCGGUUAGGUUUUGUUUGGACUUGUUCGUUGGAGGGUCUUCUUGGCUGACUUCAUGAGAAACUUAAAAUACAGCUUUGGAAUCGUUUUUGGACACAACAUCGACAAGCGUUCCAUUCUUACAAAGUUAUACGUAAAUUCUUUGUCACCUUUCUUUCCAAGAAGAGAUGGAGUAAACUGAAUCACUCGAAGUUCUACUCUAAUGCCGGGGAAUAUGAAUCUUAUCCUGUGAGUAAACUUCGUAAACGUGACAGCAGGAGCUCUCCAUGUCAGUUCAAAUAACUUUGAUUGAGUAUUACAACAAUUAUUCAAACAUCUCGGCAUUUAUUUUGAAAAUGGCAUUAUCAUAAGAUAAUAUAACUACAUGUGUCUCUGUUGAGGAUAUGAUAAACAGUGAUUUGAGACACAAUUAAAAUAGUGAUGUAUUUCAACGAGGAACAAUUAUUAUGCGCGUUCUUCGGGACGCUGUUGCUGUCGACUUCGGUAUGGAGUGGCCGGACGGGCCGGCUGCCUAUCCGGGGGACGCCCGAUGGCGGCGUCCGCAGUGGCGGCAUACCGAUCCGCGGGACUACCAUUGACAUUGAUGAGGAAGUGUUACUUCAGGAGUUGGAGAGACAGAACAAUCUCAGUACGAAUGAACACGAAGACGGCGAGGUGUCCAAAACGCUUGACCCUCAGGGCAGCUGGUUAUCCUUCGUUAGACAUUCCGACAGAAUAGACAGUGCGAGAAAAGCCGCAAGAAAAGAGCAACGCAAACAAAAGAACAGUCACCGGAAGUUGACGGGUCAUCCUGGUCCCCGGGGACCAGAGGGUCCACCGGGACCGCCGGGGCCUCCCGGACCGCCCGGUGGCACAUUCACCAGAGAGAAGAUACUGAACGAAUUCAGAGCUUUAGUCAAAGAAGCAGCAGAAAACAGAGCAGAAAUACUUAUAGCCGAAAGGUGUCCCGGAUGUAGUCUCCCUGGCAACAACACAUUACCAGAGAGUCUGCAUCAUCUACCGAGAGUGUCGUCUGCUUUUAGAUGCCAGCUUGGGACAAUAGGUGUCGCUAAAAACACGAUACUGGAAUUGAAAAACUUUGAAAUUCCAUUCAGCCGGAGUGGGUCGUUCAGUAAAAGUGGUAGCUUCGACCCGCAUGAGGGACGCUACACGGCGCCACGGACGGGCGUCUACCAAUUCUCUGCCAAUCUCCACAUCCGACACAACCCCGUCACCGCCCGGCAGCCUCGCUUACAGAAUAAACAGAGCAGCGCCCUCUUACGGAAGGGUGACAAGUUCAAGGUCAUGAUUUGUAUGAACUCCUCUUGCAGGAAAUAUCCAACCUUGGAACAUAGCUCUGGUUUUGAGAGCAACAGCCGAACCUUCACCAUUAGCUUCAGUGGUCUACUCGAAAUGGAGGCUGGUGACUAUGUGUCCAUCUUCAUUCAGAACCGAUCACCACGAUUCUUUUCCGUCUACAAGGGUUCGGACUUCAGUGGGAUGCUGGUCAAUUGGUAGAGAAGCCACGCCACAUUCUCCAGGCAAAUAGAAGGAUAUUCUCUCUGCCAACACAGACAACAGAAGGUCCCGGAUGUAUCACAGGCGCGUGGCGAUGUCAGAAGCAACAGAUCAGAAGACCAUCGAUUAGUCAUCACAAAACAUACAGAAAACGCGCCUAUCACCUGAACAUGACAGAUACUAUGUGUUAAGGUUUUGUUAGGUUGUUGUGUCAAUCAAUUCUUGGCUGAUCGAUCGCUAUGAUUCUGGCAUCUUCACUCGCCUCUGAUCUACUCCAUGAAUCGGGAGCAGCAGAUCUAAAAUGGCGGCUGGUGUUGGCAGUGUCGAAACGACAUAGUUACGCGACUGCGCAAGAGUCUGGCCUCGCUGGUCGAACUGGAAUCCGAGAUGUUACGUAGAGUGGAGAGACCAGAAUGCGAUAUAGAAAGGAAUGAACCUGGGGACUGUUUCUCCUGGUGGACGAGGUGUGACUGAAAUACAAGUCCUUCUUGAAUGGGAGUCCAAUACAACAGAUCUUGGAUGAGGCUGCUACAUGUUGUGCUCGCCACGAGAAGAUAUUGCGCUCGAUGUCGCUCAGCAUCGAUACAGGGGUUGCCAAUGCGGUAGACAUUGUAUGGAACCCCAGAUGGCCUUAUAGUCAGUGAUGUCGGGACCUCGAAACAACUCGAAUGGCUUGAAUUUAGGUGUACAUGUAUAUUCUUCAGCAAUUAAAUUAAGAAUUACAACAAGAUACA